GACAAGACCACAAGAGUAUGAUUUCAUCUCAUCGUCCAAUGCCGAUCCCUGGACUACGAAGGAUACUGAAAGAAAUACUCAAACUCAUAUCUUAAAUUACAGGCCGAGGAGAACCAAGAGGUACUUAGGCCCCCAUAGUUAUUCGGGCGGGACCCCAGGUACCCUCUCUACUGCGUCAACACCCCCCAUCCCGCUUCAUCCCUCGUUUCUCGUGUCUCAAGCUAUUGCUGCCCAAUAUUUAUCUGCAUACAGCACUGGUCAAUUCUCAGUUCUCAUCUUUGACACCUCUACCGAGACCAUCAACCUGGCCAUGUAGCCUUUCCCCCGAUUCUCCAAAUACUAAAUCAUCAUACCGGCCGCAGUGAGAAGGGGGAACCGUCCCACCUUUCGACGGUCCAACUCCUUCUGCGACUGUCAUCGCGCCGUCCGCCAGCGUGUCCGUUACGUCCGACUCACCUCCUCCGCCCCCCGCGGUCUCCGGCUCACCAAAUGACCCCGGUCCCUCCCCUCUCCGUCGCUUAAAGUCCAAGUCUUCUCUCUGGAGUCUCGGCAGCAGCAAUCAUAGCGGUCAGGAGGACGACUCCAUCCCAGCGGAGCCCUCUAGCGCCGAGAAGGCUGCAGGUGGUAAGCCGGGCAUCUUCCGUCGCCUAUCGCCCGCGCUCGCGGCCCGCGUGAAGCUACUCGACGGCACCAACAAGGUGACGAGCGCGCCCCGGGAUCCCAAAAACGUCGGUCGGAUUCCCGAAGAACAGCUCAAGGAGCUGGACAGUCAGCACCAGGACCUGUCGAUCAAGGUUAAGAGGCGAGGACAGGCGUGGGCGGGUCCAACGGCUUCUUCUCCGGAUCAACAAGCACAGUACUUUAAACGGAGCGCGUCGAACAGGCUCGAGAUCCCCAGUCACGAUCUUCUACAACGCGCGACUGAGGCACACGCGCAAGGGCUAGACUACGCCGACGCGGUCAUCGACGGCCCAGAACCCCCCGUUCUGGCCGCCGCUUACAUCCCAGUGCCUGUCCCUGACGCUGAGACCAACCCUUCGCCAGCGACAUCAUCCAUGUCUGUUGCAGAGCCUGCGCCUGCGCCGCUGCGCGUAGAGCCCGCGUCCGGACCCGAACCUUCACCACCCACCGACACCGCCCAAGAUACGCGGACGGACUUUGAGAAAUAUGUCGAUGACACGAAACGCAGCGAGGAGCAGUCAGCGGAAUCCGCGCCAGCGCCCCCGCCAAAGGACUCUCCGCCCAACUACGCGAUCGCCUCUUCUUCUAACUCACAGUCGUAUUUCAAUCCCAUGGGCCUGCAACGAGCCGAAUCAAUAUACUCCUUCUCCCGUGCCUCCUUCAGCAACCAGCUAUCCCAGCUCACGUCUAUCCCUCUACCACAGCCCGGAGCGCUCGAGACUAGUAUAGGAAAUAUUUCCACGGCGCUCGCGGCCGUGCGAGCGUUGAAUGGUGCGGCGGAGCAGAUCCAAAUUUGGAUUAGAAAGGCGUCGGAUGUGCUCAGCGGGCUGGAUUCCGAGGAUGACGUGGAGUGGGCGGCUGCCGGUGGGCGAGAGGGUCUUGAUGGGGUGGAUAAGGCCAUCACUCGGUUCGAGUCGCUGGUGAAUGUCUAUGUGAAGGCGAUCGAGAACGUGCAGCUUCGCGACGAUAUCGUCAAUGUCGGCGCGGAGAGCUUGAAGACAAUUGUCAGUCAGAUGGAAAGCAUCCUGCACAACUGGGCUCAGAUUAAGAACAAGCUGCGGGGUGUCAAGGAACAAGUGGAGUUGGCCAUGGAAUGGGAGGAGCUUUGGUCUAACGUGCUGGGAGACGUGGGCAUGGAGAUUGACAAUCUGAGCGGGAUGAUUUUCGAGAUGGAGGAGAAGCGGCACCAUACUCUGAUGGAUACUGGCGAUUCAGCGGGUGGUCUGGAUAUCAACGAACUCGAGACCAUCGUGGAGGAAUCUCCGACCAAGGGCCGGUCCCCUGCUACCAAUCGUCUGACUAUGCUCGCAGCAGCAUCCGGGACACCCGUUAUCAAGACGCCGCAGGAUGACUCUAGUUACUCUAACCUGAUGGCCUUGUUUGCGCGCAUGCAACCACUUCGGGCAUCUUUGGAUUUUUUGCCAAUGAGACUCUCCAUGUUCCAAUCGCGGGCCGAGGGCGUCUUCCCAAGUGCCUGUGAGGAGCUCGAUGAUCGACGAAGCCGGCUGGAGAAGAGCUACAAGGUUCUCGAGGCGGACGCCGAAGCGUUGCGAAAGGAGUUAGGCGAAGACAAGUGGAUCAUAGUGUUCCGCAACGCGGGAAGUCAGGCGCAGAAGAUGUUCGAAUCAGUGGAACGGAGUAUUUCCAAGUUGCAGGAAGGAUUGGAAACCAACGCUCAGGUUCACAAUCCAGGCAAUAUGACCAAGCGGAUCGAGAAUUACGAGGCCAAGAAGAUGCACUAUGUUCCUGCUAUCGAGCGGGUCAUUUCUAUUAUCCAGAAAGGUGUCAACGACCGCUUGACUGUGAACGGCGAGGUGCUACGACUCUUGUCCGACAUGACCUCGCGGACAGAUGCCCUCAAAGCUAGUCUUCGGGUGAUGGAUGCUUCUCUCGAGGAUGUGCAGAUUGUCAAGGGCCAACAAUUGCGUGACUCGAUCUCAAGCAUCAUAACGAUGGACAGCCCGGCUACGGGCAGUGCUAUUGACACACCUGGGAGCUCCCCUGCUUCGUCAGUUGUCAUGAGUGGGAGUGGAUACAAGACGCCCAUGGGAAGCUCCAGUCGUCGCGAAAGCUCGGUGGGCAGUGCCACGACGCGCUCGACCAUGUCAAAGGUCCGUCGAUUGUCUGGUCUGCCGCAAGUGACUGCCACCAUGACCGGACGCAAGUCUUCUAUCCCCAAGCCAACCGCCCCCGUUACCCCCACGCCGGCGACUCGUAAGACCUCUCACAUUCCACAACCGUCCACCAUUCCGAAUCGCCCUCGUUGGAACGCCAGUACCAACUUGAACGACCUACAUUCAAGCUCUGGAUAUUUGAGUGCCACAACGCCGAGCACCUCAAGGAAGAGCUCUGCCCCGGUGUACGGCCGUCCGUCGUCGACAGUACCUUUCCGGCGCGACAUGUCUGCAUCUCCUGCACCUGGUGCUGGCCGCUCACUCAGCCGUCUGUCGAACCGGCUGGCGUCGUCAUCCCGAAGUCCCAACCGCAACGUAUCAUCCCCCACUCCACCCCGAUCCGCUCUGCUCGACCCUCCGCCUUAUAGUCGUCUCCGCAGGCCAUCUGGUCUCUCUGCUACUCCUCGCAGCCGACAGAGCUUCGCCGGAACGGGCUCGUUUUUCAACCGCAGUUUUUCGUCCCAAGCCCCAGGCUACGAACCACAGGAGAGUCCCACAAAGUCGACGCGUCCGGGGACUGCCCUCGGCCAUUCUGGCAGUCGGCGAACCAGUCUCCUGCCCUUGCCCAAGCGAUCGGACAAGGGGGGAGCGGCUUCUCAGGCGAAGCUGGCUGCCCGACCACCCUGGAGAGGAUAAUGGCUACAAUCCAGUCUGCCUCCAUUGAUAUCCACCAUCCUCCUUACCUUUAUACCCUUCUUCUCAUCCCUCCCGUGCCUCCUCAUCUCUUCUCCAUUCAACCUCAUUGUCUUGUUCUUUGUUUUUUUUUGUGCAUUGUACCCCCGCGCCAAACAGUGUUUCUAUAGGUACUGAGCGGGCAUUGGCGCCAUGAUCUUGAGGAAUAGGUUUUGCGUGAUAUCCCCAUUGUUGCAUGGUAUGGUCUGAGCGUUGGGUUCUAUCUUACUAUUGUUUCGUUAUCUUCGGCUUUUUUUAAACCUGCGGUUGCAAUUUUUCGAUUGAUUCUUCUUUGGAUUUUCAUCUUUCAUCCCGUGUGAAUAUAUCUCCUGUAGUUUUAUCCUUGGCGAGUUAGGUAAUGGAAGAUGAUCUACCACAACUUAUAGACUGAAAUUGAUACACUUGGAAGUCUGGUUCCUGCAUACUCCCGUGAAGCUCUCUGCGUCUUUGUAUCCGAGUAUCAUCAUGGGUUUUGUCAAUGUCCACUGUAGCUGUCUAUGUAUACACCAUUGCCAGACUUUUCUUCUUGGUUACAAUGCAACCGAAAUAACAUCUAAUUCCCCAACUCACGUCCAAAAAUCAACGCAUCAACCAGCUCCUCACUAUUAGCGAGACGUGCCGCCUUAGGAACCCGUCCAAUAACGCUGAACCCAAGUCUCUCCCAGAUACGGAUGGAAGCCGGGUUAUUAGCGAAGACCAGGUUGAAGACGGAGUAUUUGUAUCCCUAGCGAACCCCGCAUUAGUCGCUAAACGAGAUUGAUCGUGUGAGUAUAGGGAUGG